AUGAAGGUUCACCUGUACCAAUUGUCCAAUCACCGCAGGCCUUUCAAAGCUGGGGCAAGGUGUGCUGCAGACAACCUGAAGAUGCUGAUGCACGGUAUGUGGUCAGAUGCAAGAAAGGGUACGAAUUUCGCGCUUGUGUCCGACAGCAACAACAUCGACCCCAAACAUAGAGGGCACCACGACGACAUUGAAGUAGCGCGGGUUCCGGUAUAA